CAAUAAUAAAGUCAUUCUAUCAUCGCUCAGAUGGUUCGUCUUCACCUGUUGGUCGUCCUUUGUGUGAUCGUUGCACUGAGCCAAGCUAGGUUCAGCAAUAAAAUAGAAGACCAUAACUGUCCUCAAGGCUGGACUCAGUUAGAUAAGUACUGUUACAUCUUCGAACACGAACCCAGGACCUUUUCAGAUGCAGAGAGGGUCUGCACCAUUCUCGGCGGGAAUCUGGCCUCGAUCAACAGUCGCUUAGAAAACGCAGUGGUUGUUGAGCUGAUUCGGGAGGGGUGUGAUUCUGUCGUAGACACCUGGAUUGGACUCCAUGAUGCAAUUCUGGAAGACGAUUUCAUAUGGACCGAUGGCGAAACCUUUAAGUUCUCAAACUUCGGUGCUGGCCAGCCUGACAACACUUGUGGAAAUGAAGACUGUGUAGAGAUUCGAGGGGGUUUGUAUAUGUCUCUGAUGUAUCAUAAACCGCCUUUUCAUAUUGCAAUAAGACUCACUGUGGGAUGA